AUGUUUAAGAGUUGGUCCUUUGGGGAAAAAUCAUUAAUCCUGGUACCAUCCAAGAGUCAAAAAGAUUCUAAUACCAAAGGUAACCAGCGUAAAGCGACUAGCUGGUGGAUCACCGAAGGGUCUGCUCCAUGUCACAGUAUCAGUAGAAUCAGAGGCGCACACAGAGUUAAAGAAAAUAUGGCAGGGGGUGAGACUCUAAUGACAGAAUUGCUUGCGGAUGUUGGGAGAGAAAAUGAUGAUACUGCUGAAGUGAUACUUUCAAAGACAGAAAUGCAGAAAAAGCAAACUCUGAAGGGGAUCAAGUUUUCAGAUUUUCAGGAAACCAUAAAGAAGAUAAAUGAGGCAGAGUAUCUAGGCAUCAGAAUAACCAUUAAGGAAGAAUUAUAUGGUUAUGACAUUCCAAUUCCAGAGGGAGCAAAAAUCAAACCAGAGCAAACAAAAGUUAAAGCAGAGAAAGACACAAUCAAAGUGCAAAUCUCCAAAGAAACUAAGUUUAACCUGAAGUCUUACAUGAUGCAUUAGCCUAAGGACUAAAUAGUCAGGGAGACUUAAAUCUGGUCCCAAUUUUGAAAUUUUUCUCAGCGAAAUACUACAUGUAUUAUUUCUUCUUUAAAAUUCAUAAUUUUUUAAACAAUAAUUAUAUAUUUUA